CUUCAAAACUUAAGCAGCCCUCCUUUUCAACUCAAACUCAGCCUCGAACGAUUCGAAGCCUUUUGACCCUCACUUCACCCACCAUGGCUUUAAUUUGCCGUCUCGCCAUUCUCUUUCUCUUCUGUUCCAUCCGCCCCACUGUGGCCUCUUCCCGGAAGCUCACCGCUCUGGUGGAGCAACAGCCGCUCGUACUCAAAUACCACAACGGAGCUCUCCUCAAGGGUAACAUCGUCGUUAACCUCAUCUGGUACGGCCAGUUCACCCCCAUCCAACGUUCCGUAAUCGUGGACUUUAUCCAGUCACUGAAUUCGCCACGUGCUCCGCUCCCCUCCGCGUCCUUGUGGUGGAAAACGACGGAGAAGUACAAGGGUGGUGCGUCCACCCUCGUCGUCGGGAAACAGAUCCUCCAUCCGCAAUAUUCUCUUGGGAAGUCACUCAAAACCGCGCACUUGGUGGCCUUGGCCAACAAGGGCAACCAGCUGAACGCCAUUAACGUCGUUCUGACCUCAAAGGAUGUCGCUGUCGAUGGAUUUUGCAUGAGUAGGUGCGGGACCCACGGGUCGACUCGUUCUCGUGAUGGAAAGACUCGGUCGGCAUAUAUCUGGGUUGGUAACUCGGAGACUCAGUGCCCGGGUCAGUGCUCGUGGCCCUUUCACCAGCCCAUUUACGGCCCACAGACCCCACCUUUGGUGGCGCCCAACGGAGAUGUAGGAGUCGACGGGAUAAUCAUUAACCUGGCCACGCUUCUGGCUGGCACCGUUACGAACCCGUUCAACAACGGUUACUUCCAGGGCCCGGCUACGGCUCCUUUGGAGGCCGUAUCGGCAUGCACGGGGAUUUUCGGGUCUGGAGCGUACCCGGGAUACCCGGGUGAGGUCCUGACGGACAAAAGCAGUGGAGCCAGCUACAACGCUAACGGGGUAAACGGACGGAAAUAUCUGUUGCCGGCGAUGUGGGAUCCACAGACGUCAGCCUGCAAGACCCUCGUGUAAAAGAGAGAGAUAGACAGAGAUAUAUAAAUGACGACGUGUCAUAAUAUGUGUCAGAAAAUGUGUGUUAGUAUCGUAUUGUAAAUACGGAUGUUGGGGGGGGGGGUCCGUGUUAUGGGGGGGAACGAAGAGGAUAGGCCUUCCCAUAUUUUUGUCGACAUUCUGAGUUUGUCGUCUUUUGUGACGUUUAAAUGUUUCUGUUUUUCAGAAAAUUGCAAAAAAAGAUGUUGAAAUUGGGCAAUAAAUAAAUAUAUUAUAAAAAA